AUGGAAAGGUUAGGAAAUUUAAAGACUUACCAUUUCCCCCCAGAAAAUAAUGAUGAUGACAGCUCUCAGAGUCCGGAUUCAUCACCAAUAGGCGGUUCGACUACACCGAACCUUCUUUCCCAAAAUUCAGAUGAACAAGGAAAACAAAUGUCUAGAACACCAAGAAGAGUAUCAUCUACUAAUGAAUAUGACGAUCCAUUCUCUAAUGCAGAAAUAUAUUACGGACCUGAAACUGACCCAAGAAAGACUACAGUCAAAUACCUGAAGCCUGGCACGAAAUUAAAUAGAACAAGAACAAUGAGUGUCUUUGGUAAUAUAUCUACCUCUAGACAAACUAUGUUAGAUGACCAUUACUUAAGGAGACGUGGUUCAGAAGAUGAUAGUUAUUUAAGUAGUAAAGGGAAUCGUCGUUUUUUCAUUGAAAAUGUCGAUGCUACUUUGGAAGAAUUACUUAGAAAUGAAGAUACUGACAGAAAUUAUCAAAUCACUAUUGAAGAUAAAGGUCCAAAAGUUAUUAAAGUCGGUACUGCAAAUUCCUUUGGGUUUAAUCACAUUAGUAUUAGAGGUACUUAUAUGCUUUCUAAUCUAUUACAAGAAUUAACCAUCGCUAAGAGUUUUGGUAGACAUCAAAUAUUUUUAGAUGAAGCAAGAAUUAAUGAAGAUCCAGUUAAUAGAUUAUCUCGGUUAAUCACUAACCAAUUCUGGAAUAGUCUAACAAGAAGGAUCGAUUUAUAUAAUAUUGGUGAGAUGGCUAGCGACGGUAAAAUCGAUACACCUGAGGCAAAGAAUCCCAGAGUAUACGUUCCACAUAAUUGUCCGGAACAAUAUGCUUUCUAUAUUCAAGCUGCACAAAUGAAUCCUUCUUUGAAAUUAGAAGUCGAAUAUUUACCAGAAGCAAUCACUCCGGAGUACGUCAAAUCAUUAAACAGAACACCAGGGCUGUUAGCUUUAGCUAUGGAAGAACAUGUAAAUCCUUCAACCGGUGAGGCAUCUUUGAUAGGUUAUCCUUAUGCUGUUCCUGGUGGUAGAUUCAACGAAUUAUACGGCUGGGACUCUUAUAUGAUUGCAUUAGGUUUACUGGAAAGUAAUAAAGUCGACGUUGCCAAAGGUAUGGUCGAACAUUUUAUGUUUGAAAUUAAACACUACGGUAAGAUACUGAAUGCAAACAGAAGUUACUACCUUUGUAGAUCGCAACCGCCGUUUCUGACAGAUAUGGCUAAUAUCGUCUUCGAUAGAAUCGGAGGGGAUAAUAACCCAAGUGCCAUUAAUUUUAUAAAGAGAGCAUUCGUUUCUGCUAUUAAAGAGUAUAAAUCAGUUUGGAUCUCUGAGCCAAGAUAUGACCAAGAAACUGGUUUGUCUUGUUAUCAUCCAGAUGGUAUUGGUAUUCCCCCAGAAACGGAACCUGAUCACUUUGAUACUAUACUGUAUCCUUAUACUAAGAAAUAUAAUUGCUCUUUGGAAGAACUUAGAAAAAUGUAUAACAAUGGUGAUAUAAAAGAACCAGCACUAGACGAAUUCUUCCUCCAUGAUCGUGCGGUGAGAGAGUCGGGACACGAUACCACCUACAGAUUUGAAGGUGUCUGUGCCUAUUUGGCUACAAUCGAUUUAAAUUCUCUACUUUAUAAGUAUGAGACUGAUAUUGCGGAUGCCAUUGAAAAAUACUUUGGUGAUAAGUUUGUUGAUCCAAACGAUUAUUCUGUGUCAACAUCUGCUGAUUGGAGAAAAUUAGCUAACCAAAGAAAGGAGAGAGUAAACAAAUACAUGUGGGACGAAGAGUCCGGCUUCUUUUUUGAUUAUAAUGUACAUAUCAAAAAAAGAACUUCGUAUGAAUCAGCAACAACUUUCUGGGCUUUGUGGUCUGGAUUAGCAACUCCCCAUCAAGCACAAGUAAUGAUAGAAAAGACUCUUCCAAAACUAGAGGUUCUGGGUGGUUUAGUUUGUUGCACCGAGAGAUCAAGAGGUCCUAUUUCAAUCAACAGACCAUUCAGGCAAUGGGACUACCCAUUUGGAUGGGCUCCACAUCAAAUAUUGGCAUGGAAGGGUCUAGAGGAUUAUGGUUAUAAAGGUAUUGCUACAAGAUUGUCUUAUCGUUGGUUGUUCAUGAUGACGAAGGCUUUUGUUGAUUUUAACGGUAUUGUGGUAGAAAAAUAUAAUGUUACAAGUGGUAUUGACCCUCAUCGUGUGGAGGCUGAGUAUGGUAACCAAGGUGCAGAUUUUAAGGGGGUAGCAAAAGAAGGUUUUGGCUGGGUAAAUUCAAGUUACUUAUUGGGACUUAAGUACAUGGACAGUCAUGCUAGGAGAGCUUUAGGUACUUGCAUUCCACCAGAUCCUUUCUUUAAAAAUCUGAGACCAGAUCAAAUGAAAACUUAUGAUUUAUAG